UUUGAGGAUGGCCUCCAUUUUAAGUCUCCACCCCAACUUAACUAACGUUUACUAAACCCCAGCAGCAGAUCCAGAAGUAAAGUUAAACAGUAGAAAACGAAACAAUAAUACCUGAAAUCAUUGCCGACUGCUCGGCAUCCCACGUCAUCAAUCAUCGAUGCGACUAGUUCGACGGCAGUGGACGUUUCCGUAUGUCAUUUGUUUUUUCUUUGCUCCAAAGUCACGGCUGCAAUCGUCCAUAUCCAAAAUUUUAUGGAUCAGCCUCACUUUGCCUUCCUCCUCCUCCCUCUCGUGGCCCUGGGGAAAAGCCGAAAGAAAGAAAAAGUUAUCUAAAGUGGCGCUCUUUGGGGCUAAGAAUAUUUUCUUUUACUAGUAUUAUAGUUUCAUCUCAUACUGUUCCCAUUCAUCCUUUCUUUCAAUUUCAAUACUAAACCGAACCCAGCGUCGAUUACAUUAGUGCCUUUUCUGUACCCUUGGUUGGUCUACAUCGUCUCUUUCUCUUUCCGACAAGUCUCUCACUCACUCACUCUCUCUCUCUCUCUCUUUGAAUCCUAUGCUUCUAGGGUCGGGUGGAG